CAAGGGUGGGGAAAUGUUUGCUACUAGCGAGCGAAACUUGGUUGUCACUUAGUAUUGGGUAAGGUCAGCCCGCAGCAGCCCGUAGUCAGCAUCGCUCGCUCGCCGAUGGUAGUCGGUCGUGGCCCGCGUGAUCGUAGCGUACAUUCUCACAGUUGUUCUCCAUCCUCUCCACUGGAGUAAAUCACCUGUAUUUUUUGAACUCCUCUCGGGUGCUGCUGCUGCUGUUGGUUGGUUUCCUCCUUUGUCACGGGGAAACAAACACGAGAGCGACGACCGGCGACGAUCUCUUGUUUAAUCGCGCGGCCUUGCGCGCGUUGUCAUUGCCGUCGUCUCCGGUUUCUCCGUCUGCCGCGCCGUCGUUUCUCGAGUCCGCGAGUGCUCCACGCUGUGUCCGCAGCCGACGGGAUGUCAAAGUGAGGACGGAGCCACACGACCACGGAUUGUAUCGAGUAGCAUGGCACUGUCCUGUCUGCGCGAAGUGCAAAUUUAUGCAGUCCAGGAUUCCUGAUCGAUCAGCACCGGAGCAUGAUGCAGGAUCCCGAGAACAAUACUCAGAUUGACAGCGCGCCACAAAGGAUGUUUCCCAUAUUCGAUCCCGCGACAGCAGGACUACCGAUAACCGAGGAGCAGCUGAUCGCGAACCAAGCGAGGAUGAGGAUAGUUCAGAUGAUGGCAGCUCACCUUCCCAUAUCAUUACACGCUACGCUGGCCACAUCCCCGUCGCUCUACUCGCAAGAUUUCUUCACCAGUUGGAUACCGCGAAUCGCGUCCUCGCCGCCCUCCCCCAUUCGCCCACCGCCCACUGAAGUGUCGCCACCCCCCAACACCAAGUCUGCGUCCCGGCGCAAUAAUAAUAACAAUAACAAUAACAAUAAUAACAAUAACGACAACAGUGACAACAACAAUAUGACGACGGGCAACGACGACGACAGAAUCGUCAGGCGGGGUCGCGCCGUGAAAAGGAAAACCACCAAGUCGAAAGCGGAGGCCGUGGCAGAGGGUGGGGAACCGGUCAGUCUCUCCGUCAGUCCUGAAACGACGAAGGACGGCAAAGAUAAAGUUUUCACUUGCGGCGUGUGCCACAGAUCCUUCGGAUAUAAGCAUGUGCUGCAGAAUCACGAGCGUACGCAUACGGGCGAAAAACCUUUUCAAUGUGGGGAAUGCCAGAAAAGAUUUACGCGGGACCAUCAUCUGAAGACGCACAUGCGACUCCACACGGGCGAGAAACCUUACAAAUGUAAAUACUGCGAGCGAAAGUUCGUCCAGGUAGCGAAUCUCCGCCGCCAUUUACGCGUGCACACGGGUGAGCGCCCGUACGCCUGCGAUAUGUGCACGUCCAGGUUCAGCGAUUCGAAUCAGUUGAAGGCGCACAUGCUGAUUCACAACAACGAGAAGCCGUUCGAGUGCGAGAGUUGCCAAAUGCGCUUCCGACGGCGGCACCACUUGCAACAACACAAGUGCGGUAACGGCGCAACGCAAGAGUUGUCAUCGCCGCCGGAGGCCGAAUCGCCCCCAUCGUUGAACAGCGACGAGCUCGACUCGGAGGAAUUUGUCGAUGUUGAUGUCGAUGUAGACAUCGACGGAGAGCAGACGCCAGCAGGCGGCGAAGAGGAAGGACUCAACACCAGGAAGUACAUCACGCCGAUUAACAGACUGGCCCGUCAUCUCCGAGUUAACUCCGAGCUGAACAGUGUUCCUGGGUACCCGGCCUCGAUGCCGCCGUUGAAUCCCGCCCAAGUUGUUCCGCCGGAACAAACGGAACCCGAAGAUCUGUCUAUGAACAAAUUCCUCGCGCAGGUCGCACUACGAUAGCAACAAUUCGUCGCUGAACGUGGACAGCGUCAGCAACGAGACCAAUCCCGACGAGGAGGAUGAGGCCACUGUGUCCUCAAGCGCUCUCACCGCGCCCAUCAU